GUUCCUAUCUCAGCUGUUCAGUGUUUACAACUGUAAGCUGUCAGUUGUGCUGAUACUUGUCAGUGGUCACUGUUUCUCAGCUUGGGUCUAUUUACUAGUUGACUAUAUACUUUAAAGCAACUAUCAAUACCAAUCAUUUACGAAAUAAUCGAAAUAUUUCCUCAUCAGAAACAAAGAAACAAAAGCUCGGAAACCCUUCGCUUAAGAAAUCUAGAAUCUGGACAGUUAAUAGCGACGUACUUAGACGUAUCUUAAAGAAUUAAAUCUAACAGAUCGAAUCUGUUUACCAAUUUAUAAGUCAAAUUUUAUUAACAAAGCAGCCAUGGCUCAUUUAUCAGCUGGCAAAGUCAACUUUAGUAUGCUGAGAGAGUUGGCAAGAAAGGAUAUUGUUUCUCUUUUAGAGAAGUUCAGUGGAACAAAGGCGAUAUUUUGGGAUGAACAACUCACUGGCCCCAUUGGUUUGGUGGCAGAAUACAGUUUUCUUAAGGAACUAGAUGUUGUAAAAAUGUUCCAGUUAAAACCUGGGCGUUUGCCUUCCAUAUCUGUUAAAAAUAUACUGUUCAUCACAAGACCUGAAGUUGAGCUGAUGGAUUGUAUUGCAGAUAACUUGCACAGCGAAGAAAGCCAAGGACAUUCUGCUAGUAAGGAAUAUCAGUUAAUUUUUGUCUCCCGACGAAGUGCAGUAUGUGAGCAACGGCUCAAGGACAAAGGAGUGUAUGGAACUCUUACUUCUAUUGAUGAACUGCCUGUUGAUUUUUUCCCACUGGAUAGUGAUGUCAUUUCAAUGGAACUCGAUAAUGUUUUCAAGGAUCUAUAUGUUGAUAAUGAAAUCAGCUCCUUACACCAAAUUGCUCAUGGGUUAAUGUCCCUCCAAAGUUUAUAUGGCAUUUUCCCCAACGUUGUGGGUAAGGGACGCCAUGCCCGUAACGUAUUCGAAUUGAUGACUCGAAUGCGACGUGAUAUUGGGGUAGACUGUGAUCCCCCCAUGUCUCCGUUGUUCGACACUCUCAUGAUCAUUGAUAGGACUGUAGAUUUGAUAACUCCUGUUGUCACUCAGUUGACCUAUGAGGGUCUUAUCGACGAAUUCUAUGGAAUAAAACAUAAUACAGUCAAGCUUCCAGGAGAAAAGUUUCAAGCCUCUUCACCUGCGGGCCAGUCACCUCGCUCUGAUGAUAGCUCUGUUAAAUCUGUUGUUCUAAACUCGGCCGAAGAGCUUUACGCUGAUUUGAGGGACAAGAACUUUUCAGCCGUGGGUACUGCACUCAGUCGCAAAGCUAAAGCUAUUUCAGCUCAGUAUGAAGAACGACACGAAGCAAAAACUGUCAGCGAGUUGAAGCAGUUUGUAGCAAAACUACCGCAGAUGCAAGCCACCAAACAGUCUUUAGCACUACAUACAUCUGUCGCUGAAUUGAUUAAAGAAAUAACUAUUUCAGAAGCAUUCCAAGAGGCCCUUCAAGUGGAGCAAGACCUUUUGAAUGGAAUUGAUACUGACAAAGUUUGUCCAUACAUUGAAGAUUUCAUUUGUAAGCAGGAACCAUUGACUAAGAUUCUUCGCUUGAUUUGUCUGCAAUCUGCUGCCAAUAGUGGCCUGAAGCCGCGCGUCUUAGAACACUACAAAAGAGAAAUUAUUCACGCUUACGGAUUCCAGCACAUGAUUACGCUUCACAAUCUUGAAGCUUGUGGUCUCCUUCGAUUGCAGCAAAGUAAUCGUCCUUUUACUGUUAUACGGAGAGCGCUGAAUCUUACGGUAGAUGACGUCAAUGAAAUCACACCUACUGACAUCUCCUAUGUACAUUCUAUUUACGCGCCACUAAGUGUACGAUUGAUUCAAUGGGCAGCUAAGCCCGGAUGGAAGCAGAUUUCCGAUGUGCUUAAUUUGAUUCCAGGACAUUUGGUUCAAGAAACUCAACCAAUUUCCAUUGAUUUAAGAAGAAAUUCUAGAAAUAGUGUCCAUAGUUCGAUUGAAGAAACCAAGGUCACAUUAGUAUUCUUCCUCGGUGGAUGUACCUACGCAGAGAUUUCUGCUCUUAGAUUUCUAUCUAAAAGGGAUGAUGCACCUACAGAUUAUCUGAUUGCCACGACAAAUAUAAUAAAUGGUGAGAGUUUCCUUACUAGUUUAUCUGAAACUUUAAAUGGUAACUCUCUAGUCUAAGUCUAAUGUUAUAUAUUUACCCCAUAAUUCUACAUCUAAAUGAAAAGAGUGUUGCAUACAUUUUUGCUGUGUAUUAAGAGUUAAGUGCUCUACUUAACCAGACCAGUUGCCCCUUCUUUUUUAUGAGAGGUCUGAAAAUUUUUUUAUUUCUGGAAAUUGUGCCAUGCUAUCUUCCCAUUGUUGGCCAUUAAAUGUCUUUAUGAUGA